AUGCACGCUGCACCUCCUCCAUUCGUCUGCCCUGGCACAGAGGUCCUUUUGGAAGCAGGUGCAGGCUUCUCCCCGAGUGUCCCUCCCAGUGGCCUUGGUAGCCUUGGUGAUUGGAAUGAAGCCUCGGACACUGAGUUCAACAGCAAAGAGCUACCCAGCCGGCUUCCUAUUGGACGCAUAACAAAGUUGGCUACGGAUUGGAGGCUUGCCCGUUUGAAAUUCGCGCAGGAAGGUUUGAAAUUCGCGCAGGAAGGUUUGAAAUUCGCAUGCACCGGGGAAUUGUGCUCACAGAAGCCGGGACCUAGGGCCUUUGUUGUCUGGUGUGUCGGCGCCAUUUUGGGAGCCACCCCUCUGGACGGCUACUUCUCUCACCGGCCAAAAGAGAAAGUUCGAACGGACAGCAACAACGAGAACUCGGUCCCCAAGGAUUUCGAGAAUGUCGACAACAGCAACUUUGCACCUAGGACUCAAAAGCAAAAGCACCAGCCUGAGUUGGCAAAGAAGCCCCCAAGUAGACAGAAGGAGCUUUUGAAAAGGAAACUGGAACAGCAGGAGAAGGGGAAAGGACAUGGGCUCCCUGGGAAGGGCCCCAACGAGGUGCUGCUUCCUGGGGAGAGAGCCGCAGCCAACAGCAGCCGUGGGAAGGAUGCUCCCAGACAGCCCCACACCAGGAAGAAUGGGGGCAGCUCCCCUGAGACCAAGUAUGACCUGCCACCCAAGUGUGACAUCUCGGGCAAGGAGGCCAUCUCUGCCCUGUCCCGCGCUAAGUCCAAGCACUGCCGCCAGGAGAUUGGGGAGACCUACUGCCGCCACAAGCACGGGCUGCUGAUGCCAGAGAAGGUGACUCGGUUCUGCCCCCUCGAGGGCAAAGCUAACAAGAAUGUGCAGUGGGAUGAGGACUCCGUGGAAUACAUGCCAGCCAACCCAGUCAGAAUCGCCUUUGUCCUGGUGGUCCAUGGCCGCGCCUCUCGGCAGUUGCAGCGCAUGUUCAAGGCCAUCUACCACAAAGAUCACUUCUACUACAUCCACGUGGACAAGCGCUCUAAUUACCUGCAUCGGCAAGUGCUCCAGUUUGCCAGGCAGUAUGACAACAUCCGUGUCACCCCCUGGAGGAUGGCCACAAUCUGGGGGGGAGCCAGCCUCCUGUCCACCUAUCUGCAGAGCAUGCGGGACCUCCUAGAGAUGACCGACUGGCCCUGGGAUUUCUUCAUCAACCUCAGUGCCGCUGACUACCCCAUCAGGACAAAUGACCAGCUGGUGGCAUUUCUCUCCCGAUACCGAGAUAUGAAUUUCUUGAAGUCACACGGCCGGGACAAUGCAAGGUUCAUCCGGAAACAAGGCCUGGAUCGGCUCUUCCUGGAGUGUGACGCUCACAUGUGGCGCCUGGGAGACCGGCGGAUCCCAGAGGGCAUCGCCGUGGAUGGUGGCUCGGAUUGGUUCCUGCUGAACCGGAAGUUUGUGGAGUAUGUGACAUUCUCCACAGAUGAUCUGGUGACGAAGAUGAAACAAUUCUACUCCUACACACUGCUUCCUGCUGAGUCCUUCUUCCACACGGUCUUGGAGAAUAGCCCUCACUGUGACACCAUGGUAGACAACAACCUGCGCAUCACCAACUGGAUCCGCAAGCUGGGAUGCAAGUGUCAGUACAAGCACAUCGUGGACUGGUGCGGCUGCUCACCCAAUGACUUCAAGCCACAAGACUUUCACCGCUUCCAGCAGACAGCCCGGCCCACCUUCUUUGCCCGCAAGUUUGAAGCUGUGGUGAAUCAGGAGAUCAUUGGACAACUGGACUAUUACCUGUAUGGGAACUACCCCGCAGGCACCCCAGGCCUCCGUUCCUACUGGGAGAACAUUUAUGAUGAGCCAGACGGUGUCCACAGCCUCAGUGACGUGACGCUCACCUUGUACCACUCCUUCACCCGCCUGGGCCUCCGACGGGCAGAGAUGUCACUGCAUACAGAUGGAGAGAACAGCUGCCGGUACUACCCAAUGGGCCACCCAGCAUCUGUCCACCUCUACUUCCUUGCUGACCGUUUCCAGGGCUUUCUGAUCAAGCAUCAUGCCACCAAUCUGGCCGUGAGCAAACUAGAGACUCUGGAGACAUGGGUGAUGCCAAAAAAAGUCUUCAAGAUUGCAAGCCCACCCAGUGACUUUGGGAGGCUUCAGUUUUCUGAGGUCGGCACUGACUGGGACGCCAAGGAGCGACUGUUCCGCAACUUUGGGGGUCUCCUGGGGCCCAUGGAUGAACCGGUGGGUAUGCAGAAAUGGGGGAAAGGACCCAAUGUGACUGUGACUGUCAUUUGGGUGGAUCCUGUCAACAUCAUUGCAGCCACUUAUGACAUCCUGAUUGAGUCCACUGCCGAAUUCACACACUACAAGCCCCCUUUGAACUUGCCCCUGAGGCCUGGGGUCUGGACAGUGAAAAUUCUCCACCACUGGGUACCGGUUGCAGAGACCAAAUUCCUUAUUGCACCUCUGACCUUUUCCAACAGGCAGCCCAUCAAACCAGAGGAGGCAUCGAAGCUGCACAGUGGGCCCCCCCGUAGUGCCUACAUGGAGCAGAGUUUCCAGAGUCUGAACCCUGUCCUCAGCCUGCCCAUCAACCCCGCCCAGGUGGAGCAGGCACGCAGGAACGCAGCUUUCACGGGCUCAGCACUGGAGGGCUGGCUGGACUCGCUGGUGGGCGGGAUGUGGACCGCCAUGGACGUCUGUGCCACAGGUCCCUCUGCCUGCCCAGUCAUGCAGACCUGCAGCCAGACGGCCUGGAGCUCCUUCAGCCCUGACCCCAAGUCAGAGCUGGGAGCGGUCAAACCUGAUGGCCGGCUCAGGUAGCACUGGAUGCGUGUGGGCCACAGUGGGAUCUCAACAGGAAAGCAGCUGGAGGGGCUGUGGGGCUUGCACCCUGGCCUCCCACCCCGGCCCCAGGAGGCCUUUUAUGCAAGGGGCUCUCCUGGCCAUAGAAUGAUAGGGAAGGAAGGAUAAGGGGCCAAAGCAGGGUCCGCCAACAACCUGCAUCUGGUGAACUGGAGUGGGGUGACUCAGGCCCAACGCCAUGACAGUCUCACCUCCUCUAGUUGAUCCUCAAGCCCUCCAGGCUCCUUGUUUUCCCCUCUAGUGACCCGAUCCUCCCCUGCCCACACACACGCAUACACCAGACAAGUGAUUUUCAGACUUUUAUUUUGAGCAGCAAAAUUUUGUUUACUGAGCACAGUAGUAGAUAGAAGUUCAGGGUGUGGAUAAAGUACAAGCUGCUCUGGUUGAAGCUGAGGAGAGUGAGGCUUCCUCUGGAAGUUCAGCCCACUGAGCAGUCUCUUUGUCAAGGACAUCCCCUAUGGUACCUCCUCAGAACUCAAGGGCUCUGCAAACCCCUGUUAGACAAGCACUGCCCAGACCACUAUGGGUGGGCGCUUUCUCCAGCCCUGCUCUCCAGCUCAUCUUUCUGCUCCUCUUGGCUGGAAGAAACUUGUGCCAGCCCUGAAAUGACAGGCCCAUGGGAGUCAUGGUCAUCAUGAGCCUUUUUCCAGAGAGGUAGCAGGCUUGGGGAGAGAUCUGGAUCUCCCAGCAGCCUUUCUGGAGUUGAGCUAGUCUCUUUAGUCAUUAGUGAGUGGGAAAGGUUUUUGAUGUGACAUGGCCAAGGUCCACCCAGAAGUGUGAUUUCCACCUGUCCAAGAGUUCAGGCCUCAUUCCUUCACAUGAAGUAGCAGAAAUGGGUUGAUAUCUAUGAGCAUGAAACUCAAGUCUUCUAGCCAUUCAUGGACUGGACACCAAGACCACAAUUCCUUUGGUCGUUGAAAAUGGGAACUUCGGAGGUCUUGGCCAUGAAACUCACAAGAGAUUGCUUGGAGCCAAACUCCUGAGGUGGACAGCACAGCAAUACCCAUCUCCCGCCAGAGCCCUUCAUUCUGAGGUCAGGCACGUGAAACCCUUGUGACUCGCUCACUUGGUGCUGUUGGGAGUGACCAAACUGCAUGGACCCAGACUUUCCUCAUCUAGGAAAAAGCAUUUCAGAUUUGGUUUUCAAUUUCACACCUUCCUUAACCAAGGUGCCAAAAACCCCAAAUGGACAUGCAACUUAAAAGUGGGAAGGUUGAAUUUUAGUGGGAAGGUUGUCUUAAAAUUUUUAAAUUUUACCAGAAACCUGUAGGGUCUCCUUGCCAUGCACCCCCCAGGAGGACUGCCCCUGUUCCUCCAGAGAGCUCUUCCCUGGAGGUCCCUCCUCCUGUGAUCCCACUCCCCCAAAUGACAGGAUGCCCUUGGAAAAGUCAUGCCCCUGGUUGCCAACCAUCCUUUCCUAGAAAGUCAGUCCCGGCACUUCAUUCCAGUGUGUGUUUGAAGGGACUACCCUUGGCCUUUGGUUACUUGUCAGCUGGCAGGAUGUCCUGUUGGUAAUGGAGGACAUAGAGAAGGGACACUUUAGAUAUUUAUUAUUUAUAUGUUUUAGUCCAUGACUAAUUAGUAGGUGCUGUUUUUGCAGCUUGUCAAUUAUGUUAUCUUACUAACUGAAGCUGCCUUUAUUCACAAAAGGCUCCUCUCCCACCCCCGGUC